GGGAAAAUGAAACGAAAAGCGGUAGGCUAGAGGGGGUUGUUCGUUUCAUCGUUUGGGAUUGGGAAAAAAUAGCUGCUCUCCCUAGUCCAUAGCCUCCUUUCCUGUGCUGGAGUGUCCCUCUCUCUCUCUCUCUCUCUCUCUCUCUCUCUCUCACUUUUUUUUUGGUUUUGUUUGAUCCGCUUUCUUUCUCACUUUCAUUCGACAAAAUAUACAUACAUGAGACUCUCACACAGACUGGCAUUUGCAAUCAAAAGUUGAACGAAUGAGCACGAAUGUAUCAUCACUAUCAUGACGACAUUUGUUGUUCAUUGGUCGCCGAGUGUUCGGCAGGUGUUUCUACCCCUCUACCAUCCAUCACAAACAAUCUUCUCCUUCGCCGAAAACAACCACCACCACCACCACAAGAAGAGUAGGAUCGGCCGCCAUUUUCGUCCUAGGGUUUCGGCAGGGUUGCCGCACUUUCUCUUAGGAGUGAGGAGGAGAAAGAGGAGAGGUUCCUUGGCUGUUGCCCCCUCCAGAUUUAACGCUGCUGACCUUCGCAUUAUCGAUUCCAAAAACGACCACACCGACAGCAAUUCCCAGGCGCGGAUCGUGGAAAUUCCCGUUACUUGCUACCAGGUUAUUGGGGUCCGGGAUCAAGCAGAGAAGGAUGAGAUUGUAAAGUCAGUGAUGGAUCUUCAAAAUGCUGAGAUAGAUGAAGGCUAUACAAGGGAUGCUGUUGUUUCUCGCCAGAAUCUUCUAAUGGACAUGAGGGAUAAGCUCAUGUUUGAACCAGAAUAUGCUGGUAAUAUAAGGGAGAAGGUCCCACCUAAAUCUUCUCUUCGUAUCCCUUGGUCUUGGUUGCCUGGUGCUCUUUGCCUUCUUCAAGAGGUCGGAGAGGAGAAACUUGUGCUACAAAUUGGCCAAAAGUCUCUCCAGCACCCAGAUGCUAAACCUUAUGUUCAUGAUUUGCUGCUGUCCAUGGCAUUAGCAGAGUGUGCAAUUGCAACAGUUUGUUUUGAGAACAAUAUUUCCCAAGGAUAUGAAGCUCUUGCUCGUGCCCGGUGUUUUCUCAGGAGCAAAACAUCUCUAGAGAACGUGAAAUGGUUAUUGGAGAUAGAAGAAUCUUUGGAGAGGCUCGCGCCUGAUUGUACACUGGAAUUACUGGACAUGUCUCGCACACCUGAAAAUGCUGAACGAAGACUACGAGCCAUUGCAGCCUUGCGUGAACUGCUUAGACAGGGCCUUGAUGUGGAAGCAUCAUGCCAAGUUCGAGAUUGGCCAUGCUUCUUGAGUCAAGCUCUUAAUAAGCUCAUGGCUACAGAAAUAGUUAAUCUUCUUCCUUGGGAUAGCUUAGCUGUUACAAGGAAGAAUAAGAAAUCCAUUGAAUCACAGAACCAAAGAGUUGUCAUUGAUUUAAAUUGUUUUCACAUGGCCUUGAUAGCUCAUAUUGCUCUUGGGUUCUCAAGCAAGCAAACCGAUUUGAUUAAUAAAGCAAGAACAAUUUGUGAGUGUUUAAUUGCAUCAGAGGGCAUGGAUUUGAAAUUCGAGGAGGCCUUUUGCUUGUUCGUUCUUGGGCAGGCUGAUGAGGCAGAGGCUGUUGAAAAACUUCAGCAACUUGCAUUGAAUACGGAUCCUGCAUCGGGAAAUUCCAUCUCUGGAAAGGAUGCUAAAGGUUUUCCAAGUGCAAAACUGUCACUGGAAAAAUGGCUGAAGGAUAAUGUGCUUAUUUUGUUUCCUGAUACCCGAGACUGUUCUCCAUCUUUGGCCAACUUUUUCAUUGGUGAAAAGAAAGCUUCUGGAAUCAGGCAGAUUAGAGAAUCUGCACAUGCCGUGCCACUUUCCCCUGCUCUUGCAUCAGAUCGAAGGGCUUUGGAGAUGCCUCUUUCAUAUACAAACUCUUCUCGACAUCUUGGGUCAGCAGUGAAGCAGUUAGCUCCAUCUAAUUUGCAGGGCACAUUGAUGGUGGGCAAGGCUUGCAGUGAAAGCAAUGAUACCAUGCCAUCUGUUCAGUUGAAAAGAAAUUUAGGAACACACCCUGAUAAACUUUGGAAAAGUUGGUUGGGCUCAUACAAUGUGUUCGGAAAGAUUGCUUUUGUUAUGGCAUUGGGCUGCAUUCUGUUUGCCACCCUUAAGCUCUCAGCAAUGCCGUUGUGGAGGGUGAGAAGUUCAGCUAGAUGGGCUUCAGGCAAAGCAGGGAUCACAGAUUCUUCUCUUGAUCGAAGUUCAGGGCCUGCUUUUAUUAGUGGAAAUAGUAUAGCAUACAAAUUAAAGAAGCUAACUUCAGUUUUUAAGAUGCAAAUCGGGAGGAAUCACGCAGAUGAUGCAAACUUGCGAAGUUCAGGCAUAACUGCCAGUCUUUCAUCCUCUGUUAAAGCAGUAUACAAGAGCCCGAUGCCCAUGAAAGAUGCUGAAUCCCUUGUUAAGCAAUGGCAAGCCGUUAAAGCUGAAGCUCUUGGGCCAGGCCAUAAGGUUCAUAGCCUCUUUCAAGUCCUUGAUGGGCCAAUGCUUGCUCAGUGGCAAGCUGUGGCAGACAAAGCAAAAAAUAGGUCCUGUUUUUGGAGAUUCGUUCUGCUUCAAUUAUCUGUCAUACGAGCUGAGAUUUUAUUAGAUGGGGCUGGAGCAGAGAUGGCUGAAAUAGAGGCUCUUCUUGAGGAAGCAGCCGAACUGGUUGAUGAAACUCAGCUGAAGAAUCCAAAUUACUACAGGAAGAAUGCUUAGCGAGACUGCGGUUACGUUUGGGAUACAAUGCCCAAGAGCUUGAACCAAGAGAUAAACCGACCUGUGUGUCUGAGCGAUGAAGUGCUCUUCAAUUUUCAACUGAUCUUUUGUUUUUUGUUUUUUUCCCUUGAUUUUAAUCUUGAACCUACUGACUGCAGCGCAUAUAGAAUUCGUUAUGUCCUGAAAAGGCAAGAUGAUGAUUCAUGGAGAUUUUGUGAAGGUGAAAUUCAGACUCCAUAACUUCAGUCUAGUUCGUGACAUUCACCAAAAUCUGGAUGAAGUUACUUCAAUCUAUGGUCUAAGUUUUCUUGUAAAUGAUAGCUAACAAACUAGGACUAGAUCUAAUUUAAUGUAGUGUAGUCGCUUUUUAUAUUUUGUUUCUGUUAUUUUUUACUUUGAUGUGUUUUCUUUCCUGCAAGGUGAGUCAUACACCCACUAGGCAGAGACUUCGGCU